CGCGCCGGCUUGUGUGUUUGUGGUGUGUGUAUGUGUGGGAGCAGGAGGGGAGACUCUGCAGUGUCUUGGCAGCUGCAUUAGUGCAUCUCCCACCGUUCGCGAUGCCUCCACAGCCGAUGCCUGCCUCCUCCGCGUCCACUUGACAACAGAAACCGAUAUGAAGUCGUCGGGAAACUGAGCCGGACGUUAACACUUGCUCGCUGUAUCCCCUGGAGACAGUCGAGGGCGCUUCAUUCACGCACCGAAAGCCAGAGACGAGAAUUUUUAAUGGAAAAUGGCGAUAGGCGAAAGGUCUCGCAGCAUAGUCUGCUUGGUAUCUCUCCAGAUUAUCUUGAUUUUCAGCGCAUCGUGGCCUGGAGCAGAGGGUCUCACAUUCCCACAACAAUACACAAUAAUGCACUGGGCCAGGCGCAUCGAGCAGGAGAUUGACAGAGUCUUUCAGCACAUCACUGGAGCUCAGCAACUGAAAGGGAUAUACAAUGAAGAAAGACGGCGGUUCAGUCUGGUGAAGAACCAGCCUCAUAGGAUUGUGGAGAAGGUGGCCAUGGAUAUAGAAAAAUUACUGGCUAAGAAACGCAAAGCACUGGAUCGGUUAGCCAAUGAAGCUGAGCGGCUCCAGCGAGAACAUUUGUGGCAGGACGGAAUCAAGGAGCUGGACAUGGCUUACUAUGACUCCAAGGCAGAGUUGGAUUAUUAUUCCAUGGAUGGAGAAGGAGAGGUGGAAAAUCCAUCCCACAUCAAGUUGGAGUUUGUGUAUGACCCAAACUUCAAAAAUAACGUCAACUAUUCCUACACAGCUGUUCAGAUUCCCACAGAUAUUUAUAAAGGAGCUCCUGUCAUUUUGAAUGAACUGAACUGGACCCAGGCGCUGGAGAAGGUGUUCAUGGAGAACAGUCGGGAGGAUCCAUCACUGCUCUGGCAAGCGUUUGGGAGUGCGACCGGAGUCACUCGCUACUAUCCAGCAACACCUUGGAAAACUCCAGAUAAAAUUGACCUCUAUGAUGUCAGGAGGAGGCCUUGGUACAUCCAGGGUGCCUCGUCCCCCAAAGACAUGGUCAUUCUUGUUGAUGUGAGUGGCAGUGUCAGUGGGCUCACACUUAAACUAAUUAAAGCUUCUGUAAUGGAAAUGCUGGACACUUUAUCUGAUGAUGACUAUGUCAAUGUGGCCAGGUUUAACGAGAAGGCCGAGGCUGUGGUUCCUUGCUUCAAACAUCUAGUCCAGGCUAAUGUGCGCAAUAAAAAGAUUUUCAAAGAGGCGGUACAGCAGAUGCAGGCUAAAGGCACCACUGACUACAAAUCUGGGUUUCAUUUUGCCUUUAACCAGCUCCUAAAUAGAACAAAUGUCCCACGGGCAAACUGCAAUAAGAUAAUCAUGCUGUUUACUGAUGGAGGAGAGGACAGAGCUCAGGAUGUCUUCAUGCAAUACAACUGGCCCAACAAAACAGUUCGAGUAUUUACUUUUUCUGUGGGUCAACAUAACUAUGAUGUCACACCUUUACAAUGGAUUGCCUGCACAAAUAAAGGUUACUAUUUUGAGAUCCGUUCCAUCUGUGCUAUAAGGAUUAACACCCAGGAGUAUCUUGAUGUGCUGGGACGCCCAAUGGUUCUGGCAGGCAGUGAGGCCAAACAGGUUCAGUGGACCAAUGUUUAUCAGGAUGCGUUGGGUCUUGGUAUGGUUGUUACUGGGACUUUGCCUGUAUUCAACCUCACCAUGGAUGGACACUCACAGAAUCAGCUGAUAUUAGGUGUUAUGGGAGUUGAUGUGCAUCUUGAUGAAAUAAAGCGGUUGACGCCUCGUUACAAUCUUGGUGCUAAUGGAUACAUAUUUGCCAUUGAUCCCAAUGGAUAUCUGCUCCUUCACCCUAAUCUUCAGCCAAAGCUUGUAAACCUCCCUGAACCUGUGACACUGGACUUCCUGGAUGCAGAAGUGGAGGACAGCAAUAAAGAGGAGAUUAGACGGCAAAUGAUCGAUGGAAGACCAGGGGAAAUGCAGAUUAAAACUCUUCUCAAGUCAAUUGAUGAGCAAUACAUUGAUGAAGUAUACAGAGGUUACACCUGGACUCCUAUCAAUGGUACAGAUUACAGUCUUGGUCUGGUAUUACCGCUCUACAAUGAGUACUACAUCCAGGCAGACCUGAGUGAUGUGAUUCUGCAGCUCCAGUAUAUGCAGUCACUGCUGCCCAGCUCCUUUGAAUCAUCAGGACACGUAUUUCUCGCUCCAAGGGAAUACUGCAAGCGUCUGCAGCUUUCUGACAACAACACGCAGUUUUUGCAGAACUUCCUCACCCUCAUGCUGGACAUCUCCCUAGAGCCUGAUGAUUGUGACCAUGGCCUCAUUCAUAACCUUAUCUUGGAUUCUAGGAUUAUUGGGCAGCUUGCCUCCCGUGUGUGGAAGGACAAGGAUCUGAAUGCGUAUGGCUUCCUGGCAGUAUUUGCAUCCACAGAUGGAGGAAUAACGCGAGUUUUCCCUAAUAUAGCUGCUGAGAUGUGGGAUGAGGAUCCCGAACCUUUCAAUUCUAAUUUCUACCGACGGAGCCUCGACAAUAAAGGCUACAUGUUCAGACCUCCAUCCAGAUCCUAUUUUGAUGAUCCUAUUGGAGCAGAAAAUGGCACCAUAGGAAUCCUGGUUAGCUCGGCUGUGGAGGUUAAUUUAGGAGGAAAACUGCUCAAACCUGCAGUGGUUGGAGUGAAGCUGGACCUGGAGGCGUGGGUAGAUAAGUUUAAAAUCCUGGCCAGCAAUGUGUCAGACAGUCGACAGGGCUCACACAAGUGUGGACCAUCCAGGAGUUGUGAGAUGGACUGUGAAGUGAACACAGAUGACCUUCUGUGCUAUCUCAUAGAUGAUGGCGGCUUUCUGGUCAUGUCCAAUCAGAGAGAUCACUGGAAAAAGAUUGGUCUCUUCUUUGGUGAUGUAGAUCCUUACCUGAUGCACGCACUCUACAACAACUCCAUCUUCAAUCGUCGACAGUCCUUCCACUACCAGUCUGCAUGCGAACCAGUAAGCAGCAGCCACACCGGUGCAGCGCCGAGAGGCAUCCAUGUGCCGUCCAUUGCUGACAUCCUUAGCUUGGCCUGGUGGGCGUCCACAGUGGCAUGGUCUGUGAUCCAGCAGCUUCUAUAUGGACUGGCCUACAACAGUUGGCUCUACCAAGAUGAUGUCUUUGCUGAAGGCUUUGAGACAAAAGAAAGCAGCUGUGUGACCAUCCAAAGCCAGUUUUACUUCACAAACACCACAAACUCCUACAAUGUGCUGCAGGACUGUGGGAACUGCUCACGGCUGUUUCACGCCAAGCGGAUAGAAAACACCAACCUGCUCUUUGUGGUGGCAGAGACGCUGCCUUGCAGCUCGUGUGAGAUCGAGAGGCUGACCCAGGUCCGGACAGAGUUUCAGGAGGAAAAUCCAUGUGAAGUGCUGAGUAACGCGCGAUACCGCAAAGGUCCGACGUCCUGCUUUGACUACAGUGCCUUAGAAAACACAUCAGAGUGUGGACGCGGCCAUUCUCUGCAGUCCUCUGUAGGAGUCCUCCUUUUCAUUCAGCUCAGCCUGCCUCUCUUUCAUCUCUUACACGUGAAGACUCUCUGACAUUUUCCAUCUCUUUGGGUUUAGGCUCGGAUCUACUGAAGGUCAAAUCAAACAGCGACUGCCAGAUUCUUCUUUUAUGAUCUACAAACGGCUCUCGGUGCUUUGUGCUGGGAAUGGAAACCUUGGGUCAGCUCUUAGUGUUUUUGCCUUAUUGCUUAUGCAUUUCUUGGUGUUUCAGGGCUUGAGUGUAAAAUAUAGAAAGAGAAUGUGUUGAGUGUGCAUGUAACUUAAACUAGGACAAACAUGUUUGAUCUUUUACAUUUUUCUUUUUUCAUUGUAUUUUCUUUUUCUUUUGGAUUCAGCUACAUUAUCCAUUAAUAGAGUCAUGAGAGUGGAUGGAGCGUUUCACAGUCUGAUUGUGGUUGAUUGUGAUGGUGAAAUUCCAGAAGAUUUGGAGCUCAUUUAUAUAUUUUUUGCUUUUGGUGGAGUACCAGGUUGUGAAGCUACUCUGUUCAAAGUGAAAGGCGUGCAUUUCAACUUAAUUUUUUUUGUAAAUACAACAUUUGCAUUUUGUCCUCCCUCCCAGAAUUGAUUUAUUUAUAUAGAAACACAUUCAAGGCAUUUCAAACACAGGUAAUUAAACAUUCUACACUGGCUGUAAAUAUAAAAAAAGACAAAGAAGAAAAAAGAAUUUGCUGCUGUGUGAGGUUUAGACCUGUAGCUUCUGAGGUGCUGCUUGUGGUAACUUUGCUUUUGUUGGCUAAAUAAUUACUCCUCGGUGCCAGUUUUUGUUUGCAUGUCUGGUCCUAGUAGAUGUCUUUUUAUGUACAGUACAGGAUGCUCCUGCAGCUGCAGCUGCUACAAUGAUGGUAGAUCUGAGCCUUAAGCUCCCAUUCACUCCAGUGUCUUUCAGUCCAUUUUUGACCUUUGCCAAGAGAGUUUUUAGUUUCUUUUUUUUCAUACAUGACAGGACCCUAAAUUACUCCCCCUUGUUCUUUAAAGCACGACUUUAUCUCCUAAAUCUCUAAAUCCGUUUGGAUAUCUGAGAGAACUUGAUGUCUUCUUCUAAAACUGUUUUUCUCAGAGCACUUGGACACAUGAAACAAAAGAUGAGAAAUGCCAGUAUGAUGAAAACACUACUGACUUUUCAUGACACAUAUCAUUAAGGAAGCAUCUGUGUAGUUUCAUUGUGCUACAGCAUUGCUGUCUUUAUUAAAAUGCUUCUACAGAUGCUUGGUAUGAUCUUGAAAUGCUGUUAUCAAAGGAGAUGAAAUCAAACAACAGAUGAUUAGUUUUGUAAAGUAAUUGUGCAUCCUUGUGAACUCCAACAUUUAGUAGCGUGUAACACUGCACAUUGUUUGCAUUAAUGCUACAAUCAUUGGAUACUUUAACCAAGCAGCAAUAUUCAUUUCAUGAUAAAACGAGCAAUUUACACACAGUGUUUUUGAUGUAGUCUACUAGCACAAACAUGCAGACAUCAGUGUGUGACACUUUACACAUCAUUUGUUUGAUGGGAAGCUUGUUGCCCUAUUUUUGUAUCUUGCAUUGUCAGUGUUAGUCAAAUUUGAAUUUAUGCACUUAUGUAUGCUUCUAUAUGAGGAAUGUAGCUUCUGAACAGCUGUUGGUGUUAACAAUAUGUUGUCAGUAUGUUGUGCUCUUUAACCUUCUGUACUGAACAUAAUGAUUCACUGUGGCAGAGUGUUUCUAUGGAAUCUUGUGUACCUGAAUUAUCAGACUUUUAACCACUGCAGUGAGAAAAUUUCUAGUGUUAGAGCAGCAAAAAUAGCACAUAUAGUUUUUUGUUGUUAUCGCUGUAAUGUGGGCUUUUAUGGGUUGGGUUAUUAGGACUAUACCCAACCCCCACUGUGUAGGUUAGAGGAGCUUCAGUAUCUAGCUCAAGGGCACUUCAGACCAUCAGCUUUGCAGCUAGUAGAGGACCAGCUUCACCAUGUGAGCCAUGGCCAUCCCACUUAUGGUUCAUUUGAUUGAAUAAAGUUAAAUGAAUUUUUAAAAACUUACUUUCAUGCAGGUGUAGCUUCGGGUUAGUUAUGAGGGUAAAUGAGAAAAGCUGUGGCCAUGUAUUACUCAACUUGCCCAGUGUCUGUAUUGUUUUCCUGUUUCAAACUCCAUUUAAAACAGCAGAAGUUGUGUCCACAGUUCAGUUAUCACAUCCUCAAAGCCACGAUUUAAUUAUGUAUUCACACGCAGAGCUUACCCGCGGCCACAUUUUAAUAACUGAUGCAAUAAAAUGUUUGCUGGUGUCACCAGACAAUACUCUGUUUUUCUGCACUGAAAAAUGACACAAAUGAUUACCUAUUAUCCAAACUAGCUGCAUAUUAAUUUACUCUCAGUAAGACUCAGUUAGAGGCAAUUUUUUUCAGCUCCACUUAUAUUUCGUGGCAAAACCUACUAGUUUGUACAGAAAUAGACUUCAUUAAGUUCAGCAGGUGUGUAGAGGUUUUAUGACACUUUCAGUAAACAUAAUGUGUUUGAAUAAUGACUUGUGUAUUCAUUAUGUGGCAUUAGUUUGUUUUUCGCAAUAUGUGAAGUUUUGUUAAACUCUGAUUUGAUUUGAACUCUUAAAAACUUAGACUGUCUACACUCCGCACUGUGGUGUUCAGAUAUCUCAGUGGAGUUGAGGUCUGAAGAAAAUGACAGACACUCGAAAUGUGCAGGACACAUGGUUAAAUUCAGAAAUGAGUCUCUCCCACAGUGAAUCAUUCGCUCAUGUCUUUUUGUGUCUCAUUUGAUCUGGCUGCCGAGUAAACUGGGGGACAUUUUUAAAAAGUUUUUCGACAAAAUAUUUGUAAGCUCUGUCUGCCUGGUGUCCCUCCCUGCAGUGCCUUGUUGCACUCGUCAUUUUAAAUAAAAGGAACAUUUGGAUCUCAGAUGUGAACAUUCACCCUGCAGGCUGAAUGAAAGACACACUUGUAUUUUUGAAAGGUUGCAGUGGUCCAGCUCUUUAAGGACUCCUCAGUCAGGGAAUAUGAAAAGACACUUCUUCGUGAACAUUUUAAAGGAGCACAGCUGUGAAAGAGCACUGCCUUCUCAUGGGCAGAGAGCGACAGAAACGAACUUUGCUGCCCUCCUGCUUCGUGUCGUUUACUUCUACUCUGUGGUUCAGGCUUGAAUAAAAGCAUAGACUCUGUUCAUUUUCAUAGAUUUCUACUUCAUCCCAUCUGCAGACUGUUGAAAUAUAUAUUUGGAACCUUUUGGGAACAUGUGCUUCUCAGUUAGGAGUGACUAACAUGGAUGGAUGUUUAUGUACAAUAUACCUACUGUUGUGCAUCUCUUCUGUACCCAAGCAUGGCGGGGACCUGGAGAACAACGACCUCAGCACAAAUAUCAUCUGCUGUAUAACUUUAGGUCAUUUUGCAUUAGCAAACAACAUUGUUGUAAACUGAGGAAAGACAUUUUGAGGAACUGUCCACAGCUUCCAGUAUGAUAUAUUACCACUGCUGAGGUCAGUGUUGUUUUGUUCUUAAUGACUGGUACUUAUUUGCAUGGUAUUUUGAAUUUACAAGUUUGUGUACAUAGUCUGAUGAAUAUUUUACAUUCCUGCCCACAUCUGGCUCUCAAGCUCUGGUCCUUAGGCCCUCUGUGGAUACUGCAGGUGAUGAAGAGGCCACAAAUGAAGCAAAAAUUUGACUUCAGUGAAGCCUACAGUUACUGUCAGUGUUUGCAAUUUAGGUCUUAAGUUUAGAAGUAUGAACAACAUACUGCCUGAUGAAACUUUUCUCAUUUAUUUAGAAAAAUGAGUCUCCAAGUUGCGUAAAAUUUACUGGAAAUUAUUUAUGCAUCUAAAGGCUGAAUAAGAAAUAAGGCGGCAGCAUGUGUGGAGACGGCGAUAUACUAACUAACUUUCUUUAUGAAAAUUUACAUUUCAGUAUUCUUUUCAUUAUCAUGUGUUAUGUUAUAUAUUUGGUUAAUUAUUUAAGUAUUAUGAUGAAUUUUCUUUUCAACAGAAAGGAACUAAAUGUGUUUUAAGCUUGUGAGGGGACAUGAAGCAGCUUACAGGGAAAGAGUAAAACAGACUGAUCUUUAGAUCCUGUAUGUCUGCAUCUUUUAAUUUAACUGAGUAUCAAACUGUAAGAAUGUUUUUGCUGUAACUAUGCUUUUCAUUUUGCUGAUGUUGUUUACUCUGAAAAGUUUUUUCUCUCUGUGCCAGUCUCCAACAGCACCUCAUUUUGUACAGAUAAAGUGAAGCAGUCGGCAGAAGAUGAAGGCUACCUUUGUAAAGAUUUUGUCAGUCUCAUUAUGAAAUGGAUAUUUAAAUGUUUUUAAUCUUUGGUGAUUAAAUGCUAUUGAUAUUUUUCA